AUGCUCCAACUCAGCAUAUUAUUUGUACUUCUAUCAUCAUCAUCAUCAUCAUCAUCAUCAUCAUCAUCAUCAUCAUCAUCAUCAUCAUCAUCAUCAUCAUCAUCAUCAUCAUCAUCAUCAUCAUCAUCAUCAUCAUCAUCAUCAUCAUCAUCAUCAUCAUCAUCAUCAUCAUCAUCAUCAUCAUCAUCAUCAUCAUCAUCAUCAUCAUCAUCAUCAUCAUCAUCAUCAUCAUCAUCAUCAUCAUCAUCAUCAUCAUCAUCAUCAUCAUCAUCAUCAUCAUCAUCAUCAUCAUCAUCAUCAUCAUCAUCAUCAUCAUCAUCAUCAUCAUCAUCAUCAUCAUCAUCAUCAUCAUCAUCAUCAUCAUCAUCAUCAUCAUCAUCAUCAUCAUCAUCAUCAUCAUCAUCAUCAUCAUCAUCAUCAUCAUCAUCAUCAUCAUCAUCAUCAUCAUCAUCAUCAUCAUCAUCAUCAUCAUCAUCAUCAUCAUCAUCAUCAUCAUCAUCAUCAUCAUCAUCAUCAUCAUCAUCAUCAUCAUCAUCAUCAUCAUCAUCAUCAUCAUCAUCAUCAUCAUCAUCAUCAUCAUCAUCAUCAUCAUCAUCAUCAUCAUCAUCAUCAUCAUCAUCAUCAUCAUCAUCAUCAUCAUCAUCAUCAUCAUCAUCAUCAUCAUCAUCAUCAUCAUCAUCAUCAUCAUCAUCAUCAUCAUCAUCAUCAUCAUCAUCAUCAUCAUCAUCAUCAUCAUCAUCAUCAUCAUCAUCAUCAUCAUCCAUCAUCAUCAUCCAAACAUCAUCAUCGUCAUUGUCAUCGUCAUUGUCAUCGCCGUCUCACUUGCUUAGUCCAAACAAUUAA